AUGGAUGCGGACCAAAGAACAGAAAAUCUUAAGACAUUAUUGUCUAUGUUUCCUGAUGUUGAUUCAGAAAUUUGUGAAGCAGUUUUAGCAUCAAACGAUAAUGAUUUGGAAACAAGUAUAAAUACUUUAUUAAAGCACAGAUCUACUCAACAACACCGUAGACAACAACAACAGCAAGAAGAGGAAGAUCAAUCAUCUCCUUUUUCUGAUUUUACAGAAGAAUUGCCUGUUAUUAAGGAAAAGAUUGUUCAAGCUGCCGAUACCACUAAAAAGAAAGUCAAAGAAUGGUACGAAAAAUUGAAACAACAAUCGCCUGUUUAUGGAUCUUAUGAAAUCGACCUUGAUAAGAAAAAAGAUUCUUAUUCUCCUUUCAAGAUCAUUGAAAAAGAUAAUGAUUUAAUAACUAUUUCUUCUUCUUCUAACAUUAAUAACAAUAAUAUAAAGAGUGAUAGUAUUAGUACACCAAAGAACAAUCAACAAAAAUCAACAACUGAUUUUCCUCCUUAUUCAAUAUUUAUAACUGAUGAGUAA